GCCAUUUUCUUUGGUGGGAUCGAUAUUUCCAUCCGUGGGGAGGUGUGGCCCUUUCUGCUGCGCUACUACAGCUACGAGUCCACCUCCGAAGAGAGAGAGGCCCUGAGACUGCAGAAGAGGAAGGAGUACUCUGAGAUCCAGGAGAAAAGGCUUUCAAUGACUCCAGAUGAACAGAAGGAUUUUUGGCGUAAAGUGCAGUUCACGGUAGAUAAAGACGUCGUGAGGACUGACCGCAGCAACCAGUUCUUUCGAGGGGAGGACAACCCAAAUGUGGAAACUAUGAGGAGGAUCUUGCUGAACUAUGCAGUAUUUAACCCAACAAUCGGAUACUCCCAGGGGAUGUCCGACCUGGUUGCCCCACUCCUGGCAGAGAUCCUAGAUGAGUCGGAUACUUUCUGGUGCUUUGUAGGACUGAUGCAGAACACGAUCUUCAUCAGCUCACCCCGGGAUGAGGAUAUGGAGAAGCAGCUGAUGUACCUGCGAGAGCUGCUGCGGCUCAUGCACCCACGCUUCUACCAGCACCUUUCUUCCUUGGGAGAGGAUGGCCUGCAGAUGCUUUUCUGUCACCGCUGGAUCCUCCUCUGUUUUAAACGUGAAUUUCCAGAUGCUGAGGCUUUGCGCAUGUGGGAAGCGUGCUGGGCUCACUACCAGACUGACUAUUUCCACCUCUUCAUCUGUGUGGCCAUCGUGGUGAUUUAUGGGGAUGAUGUCAUUGAACAACAGCUGCCCACCGACCAGAUGCUGCUGCAUUUCGGCAACCUGGCUAUGCACAUGAACGGAGAGCUUGUACUCAGGAAG